GGCGGCAGGGCGAGGCUCCGGGGCACGGAGGGAUGCUCGCACCGGGAAGCGAACCCAUCCUUGCGGAAUUGCUGUAGCGGAGUGUCGUGGUUAGAUAUUGGAAUGAGGGGGUGCCCGGGAAGUGGUGGAGUCACCAUCCCAGGCGGCGUUUAAAGGAAAGACUGGACCUGGCACUCAGUGCUAUGGUCGAGUUGCCAUGGUGGUGUUUGGUCACAGGCUGUACUGAGUCUGUGAUGGUGACCACCCGUCGGAGCCCCUUCCUUGGACUCCCGCAGGCAGCGGGCACAUAAGCGGUGAGGCGGCAGACGAGACCUUUGUGUCCAAGCUGGGCCGCGCCCUCAGCCUGCCGCCGGCCGGGGAGGAGCGAGGGAAGGGCGGGCAGUGCCGCACAUCCCGCGGGACCGGGACGGGCCCGUUCCCGGCUCCCGGCUCCCGGCGGGCGCCGCUUCCGCCACGUGUCCCCCGGGCCCGCUGGUUGCCGCGGCGACGGGAACCUCUCCCGCCCCUUCCGGCCUCGCAUGGCGCCGUCUCUUCCGCUGCGGGGAGUAAUAUGGGGACAAUACACUUGUUCCGCAAAUCACAGAGAUCGCUGGUUGGAAAGUUAACACAUGAAUUUAGGUUGGUUGCAGCAGACAGAAGGUCCUGGAAGAUUUUACUGUUUGGUGCUAUAAAUUUAAUAUGUAUUGGCUUCCUGCUCAUGUGGUGCAGUUCUACAAACAGCAUAGCUUUAACUGCUUACACAUAUUUGACAAUCUUUGACCUUUUCAGUUUGGUAACGUGUCUAAUAAGCUACUGGGUAAUGAUGAAGAAACCCAGCCCAGUCUAUUCAUUUGGGUUUGAAAGGUUUGAAGUUCUAGCUGUAUUUGCUUCUACAGUUCUGGCACAGCUUGGUGCUCUUUUUAUACUGAAAGAAAGUGUGGAGCGGUUUCUGGAACAGCCUGAGAUACACACGGGACGACUGCUGGUUGGUACUUUCGUGGCUCUCUUUUUCAACUUAUUUACAAUGCUUUCCAUUAAGAAUAAGCCUUUUGCUUAUGUCUCUGAAGCUGCCAGCACAAGUUGGCUUCAGGAACAUGUUGCAGAUCUUAGCAGAAGUAUUUGUGGAAUCAUCCCAGGACUGAGUAGCAUCUUUCUGCCACGGAUGAACCCUUUUGUCUUGAUUGAUAUUGCUGGAGCACUGGCUCUUUGCAUUACAUAUAUGCUCAUUGAAAUCAACAAUUAUUUUGCUGUGGACACAGCCUCUGCUAUAGCAAUUGCUUUGAUGACAUUUGGUACCAUGUAUCCCAUGAGUGUCUACAGUGGGAAAGUACUACUCCAGACGACCCCACCUCAUGUGAUUGGCCAGUUAGAUAAACUCCUUAGAGAGGUUUCAACUUUGGAUGGUGUGUUGGAAGUUCGAAAUGAACAUUUCUGGACAUUAGGUUUUGGCACUUUGGCUGGAUCAGUCCAUGUCCGAAUCCGGAGAGAUGCAAACGAGCAAAUGGUCCUUGCCCAUGUCACUAACAGAUUGUACACGUUGGUCUCUACCUUGACUGUUCAGAUUUUCAAAGAUGACUGGAUCAGACCUACCUUAUCAUCUGUGCCUAUUGCAAACAAUAUUCUGAACCUUUCGGAUCAUCACGUUAUCCCAAUGCCGUCUUUGAAAGCUGCUGACAGUGUGAACCCUGUUACCUCCACUCCAGCUAAGCCCAGCAGCCCACCACCAGAAUUCUCUUUUAACACCCCAGGCAAAAAUGUGAGUCCAGUCAUCCUUUUAAACACUCAGACAAAGCCCUAUGGAUUGGGCUUUAAUCAUGGAUCUGCACCCUACGGCAGUGUACUCACUCAAGGACUUGGAAUACCGGCAAUGGGAGCAGCUCAAGGAUUCAGAACUGGUUUUGCAAAUGUCCCAAGCAGAUAUGGAACAAACACUCGUGGUCAGCCCCGACCGUAAUAAACACCAUUAUUUAUUAUA